AUGGCUUGCUUAUUGGAGGCAACACAAUAAAACCAUUUGUAUAUUUUCUUUAGAUCAGGAACUGGAGGAGGGCCCACUAAAACGGUGCAUUACACCCAUUAUGAGGAGCUGCUGCUGCCGUAUAUACACCGGGAGAGCGUUCGCAGUGUCUCCGGUACGUUCGAUACAGACCGGAAUGUUGGCCAAGAUUCAUCUCCACCUGGGCCGAGCAGGCGCAGACCAAUGGCAUCUGCUCCCGUUCCAGGUGGUCGCUCCUUGUCUGGGCUCCCCUCCCCACACAGCGAUCCUGAAAUUGAAGGAGAGGGAUUUAGUGGGGAGGCAAGUGAGAGAGGGUCCCACGUCGGUGGCAGUGGCGUGGCGUUCUCCUCAGAUGAGGAGCCAGCUAAUAUUCAACAGCAGCAGCAGCUCCCAACCCAGGCCCCAACACAGCCCACCAGAAAGAAUGUGGCCCCCAGGGAACAGGCUCAAUCUCAAUUCCACAAGUCUCUAAAUCGACACCAUAAAGCCCAUAUGAGAAAAAUGGACCAACAGCAUGUCGACUCGUGUGUGGCCACUAAUGCCUACAAUGCAGGUCAGGCAAGGCAAGCCGCACACGAGUCGGCAAUGCUUGCUCUACAACAGGAGUUGGUCACAAUCCAUCGGGAAAGACAUGAAGCACAAUCACAGCAUGAGGCUAGGAUGGAGAGCCUCAUGCAGGCCAGACAUCUAGCCCAAACCCAACAUAAGGCUGCCUUGUUGAGCCUGCAGGAGGAGGUGGUAGAGCUGAAAAAACAAAAACUGGCUCUGUUGGCUAAAGAAAAACAACAAAUUGCUGCACCAAAGCCAACAGAGCCUACAAGCUCUACCAGCACAGCUCCCCCUCCUGCAGGUUCAACAAGGCAGCUUCGCAAGCGAAAAUAAAUUUAGACAUUAGAGACUUGUGGAAUGUAGCUUUUAUUUGGCCUUUUUUUUUGGUUUGUUUUGUUGUGUUUUUUUUUCUUACUUUCUUACUUUUCUUAAACCUGCUUCAAAAAACUAUAUUUGUGAAGCGUUCCCUAAAAAUAAAUAUAUUUGUUUGGGGACAAGUUGUUUGGUAUGUGUUGUGUGUGGGAUUAAAGAUUUUAGGUACUUACAGGCAAAGUAAUUAGUAACAAUUUGUCCCCGGAUUUGACUCCCUUGGGCAUCCGCACGUUGGACAGGAUCCGGUGGAUGGACGGGGUCCUCAAGGUCAUCGGCCACCUCAGCUGUAAAGUUGUGAGGAACACGGGUCAAAAACAAAUCAUUACAGUAAUGAUGCUUCA